GGUCUUCCAGAGGUCGCGAAGGUCACAGAACGGAUUCCCAAGUUUAGAGCUACUGACUGGAAAGUUUGAACUAUGAGGCAGAUACGAGCAUUGUAGAUCUAGUUACUUUUCGAUUGGAGAUUGAUGUUGAUAUUUACAUGGAGGACAUGACAGAUGAUUUGACGGAAAGCUUGUGAGCUGUUAAAGAGCGAUGUCUUUCAGUGCCAUAUGUACCUCAUGCCUGAGGCAUCUUCAAAAAGCGGGCAUCAGAUCAUGGGGCCUCUCAUCCAACCAACUGAUUCGACAAGUGCCUAACCAAAGAGCUGUAUCUAGCCUUGCACAUUCUGCAACAUAUGCAGGAGCACUGAGGUUAUUGACCGUUAACUUAUCAGGGAUAGGGAGCAUUUUGAAAGCCAAGCAACAGUACCGUGCUAUAUCUCAUCAUGCAGAACAGAAAGCAAGUGUGGACUUCUCACCUAGUAUACAUCUAAAUUUAAGAUUGGAUUCUAGUAACAGCGUCCUAAACUUUAGGGAUGGUGCAGACCUCCUGCAUUCGCUCGAAGUCAUUUCAGGUCACCUAAAUGACAUGACUCCGAAAGAUGUUUGCCUCGCUGUGAACAAGCUUUGGGAAUGUAUUUGGAUGGUAAGAGAUGAUAUUCAGCUAUGGUUGGAAUAUUCAGAGAUCCUUCACAAUCACCCUGUGUUGCCACAACUGUGCAAUUUGAUCCAAGUUCAUGCUGCUGCAAUGUCCAAUGCCGAGGCUCUGAGCGUGCUCUACUUGAUCUUGAAGUUUGCCGUUCCAGAGGUUACUAGUCCUGCAAUCGAUGCACUGUAUUACACACUGAGUCUCAAAGUGCAAUCCUUUGAUCUCAAUGAUGCUGCUAUGUUUGUCCGUUGCUGUCAGUCUGUCAAGGAUGUCAUCCCAAGGUUUGGUGUUGACUGUAGUGAAGCGGAUGCCAUCAUGCAGAGUGUACUCGCCCACAUCCAAGAGCUGUUGACUGAUGACCUUGAAUACGAUGUAGUCCCUCUUCCAAGGCUUCUCCUGGGGCUCCUACACUGUAGCGUCGAUAUCACCCACCCCGCUGUCUCCAACAUUGUUCAGAAAGUCUAUCGCGUUAUUGAUGUCUUGGACAGUAUUCACCUUUCACCAUUAUCCAAAGCUGUAAUCAUGAUGAACAGACACCACGCUCCAUUUGCGGGACUGAUGACUUCCAGAAUGUCCGAUAUACUUGAUGAUAUCCACAGCCCAAGUGAUUUUUCUCAUUGUUUCUACGCGCUCAUCACCUUAUGUUCUGGAGACUUGGAGAAUCGCAUCACGCAACACUGCUUGAAGCUGUUUGUUGCAGGAGCGUCCUAUGGGUUCAACGACAUCAGACGCAUCAUGCAAGGAGCUGUUUUAAUGAGGAGCAUGGAGAAUAGGGAUCAAAUCAUGACUAGGGUUAGCCAGUUGCUCAUUCCACAAGUCCCUGCCAUUCCUGCGAUUGAGAUGGCCAUCAUCUACAGCAACCUGAGGAAAGUUUAUUCCAGAAAUUACGAGCUCAGGGAGCUUCUGGAGCAGCAAAUGAAAAAGCAGUUUCUGGAGUGUUCUUCACCGCACCAACUCCUUGCCCUCAUUGAGGUGCUAAGUCGUGACCCAGAACCUGAUCUUAUGGUCGAGCUGAUAAAUAAAAGUGCAGAAAUAGUUCCAUUUUUAUCUUUGGAGCGACUUGGAAGGCUGUGCAAUGCCAUGGGGCGUAUGAAAGUUAAGUCAGGAAGGUUUCUAGCUCUUAUUGAAGAUCAUGUCUUGGAAAACAUUGAUAGUUUAACUAAUGUUACAGCUAUCAAGAAUAUAUCACACUAUCUUACAACAGCUAGGUCCACUAAUACCCAGCUACAAUCUAUCUGUAUUGAAAGACUUCAUAAUAUCUUGGAGAAGACUCCUUCGCCACACAUUGUAGUCUAUACACUUGAUGCCCUGAGCAAUCUAGGUGUGCCUUGUAAUGACAUUGAUCCUAGUGUGUGGGACAAGGUUCUCAUCUUCAUGCCAAACUUGAAGGGUCAUGAUCUGCGAAGAGUGUUCUUUGUGCUUUCCUCCUACUCUGAUCAACUGUACCCAAGGGAAAAUCUCCCCAAAGGUCUUCUUAACCUUCUGGAAUUUGUAAGAAAACCUCUUUACUGUACCAACUUGGCAGAUCCCACUAAUAACAAAAGAGCCGCUAGUAAGAGUCUUUCAGCUUCCCCUAUCCUUAAUGCAUCGUGGAUCCGGGACCCUGCUUCCGCUGUUGCCUUUGCCAAACUGCUUAUUCAACACCGCAUCUACAACAAGUCCUUCUUGGCGGCAAUUGAAGCGACAGCUCAGUCACAGAUGAAUGACAUCUCGCCGUUCCAUGUUCGUGACAUCUUGGAUGCGUUCACCUUUGGCAACUACCAUCCCACAUCUCCAACGUUCCUGGAAGACCUUUGUGCCUCCAGGGUGAUACCCUACAUGGCGGAUCUUCAGCCUCAGAGACUGGUCAACAUUGCACUCAGCCUUGCUGCCCUUCAGUGCUUUCCAUUGGACCUACUUCAAACUAUCUUCAGUCUCUGCUUUCUUGGGAGCAUGGAAGAGAUGUUUGUUCCCAGAGCUCUGUCACAUCAGCUUCGAGAGUUGAACAGAGCGGUGUGCCUUGAAUGCCCUGAGCUUAGAGUGCCGUGGUUUAGCUCAGAGCAGAUGUCAGGAUCAGGGAAGCCACAAGUACACGGGAUCAAGCUGGAUGUUGGAUCAGUCCUGCAAGAUGUCCUAGGAGGACCAGCUUUCUUGAGGAGAAACGCACAAACUCCCUAUGCAAACACGAAUGAUUUUGAGUGUAUCUUAGACUAUCAAGGUCAGCCCGUGACAUAUACCAGCCAGAGACAGGUCGAUAAGCUUGAGAUGAACGGGAAGAGAAAUACCUUCCCUUCAUCAUCGGAUAUCCUGAAGAGAGAAAAGCAUCAGGAAGGUCUUCUUCAAGACGGUGCUCAAAGGAUCGCGAUAGAUGUUAUUCGACCAUCUCAGAUGUGCUCCAACAUCACACGCUACAGCAGCUGGGUUGAGAUGAAACGCCGCCAUCUUGAAAUCUUGGGUUACGAGUACAUCACUAUACCUUAUAUGGACUGGAGCCGAGACCACCUGAAUAGCUUUGAGGCCAAGCGCCUCUACAUCUCUGAGCUAUUGGGAGGCAAUCUGUGGCUGAGUGCUACAGAGAACCAGGAUGCAGGGAGACCUGGACCAGGACCCGGUCCAGGUUCAAGACCAAGAAAGACCGGUAGGACCAAUGACAUGGUGGACAGGAUGUUACAGGAUUGGGGAGAACAGGAGGAGAACUAGGACUAGAUGGAAGCAGGCAAUAGCUCCAGAAAUCGAGAACUUAGAUGAAAAAGAGUAGAUGGAGGAAAUGAAAGUUGAAAUGCAUUGGUUACACACAUGUGUCUUGUAUGAAAUUGUUUUUAUUUUAUUGUAUUCAUGAUUUGGCAAACUCUAGCAAAAAUAGUGUUGUGUAACCGGGCUGUCCAUGGAUAG